UCACUUGACAGGACGCUUGAGAUCUUUUAUCCUCGUGAGACUUCAGUCAUGACAAACCAACGGACAUCACCCCUGCUGUGGAUACUACUUCUAUCAGCUCUACCGGUUACCUCAUCCUUCCAGCCAGCUCUCGUAUUAGAAAUUGCCAAGAUUCUUAUGGAGAACUACUGUCUUCCAGAGAAGCUUUUUGGGAUGCAGGAAGCCAUCCAACAAGUUAUCAACAGUGGAGAAAUCCUGCAGAUUUCAGACAAGAAGACCCUCUCAAGUUUGCUCACUGCUGGAGUUCAAGGAGCCCUGAGUGAUCCACGACUGACGGUGUCAUAUGAGGCUAAUCCUGUUCCUGUUGUGCCGCCAGUACUGCAGUCGCUCUCAAAAGAUCAACUGAGGCGGCUGGUGAGAAACUCUUUUAAGGUGGAUAUGUUGGAAAACAACACUGGCUAUUUACGCAUAGAUCAGAUCAUUGAUCAAGAGACGGUAGCAAAGGCUGGCCCUCAACUGUGGGACAACAUCUGGAACAAGGUGGCUCAGACAUCCUCGCUAAUCUUCGAUCUGAGGUACAACACAGGUGGAGAACUUUCUGGGUUCCAGUGAUAAUCUCAUAUUUUUCAGAUCAAGAGCCUCCCAUUCAUAUUGACACAAUAUAUGACAGGCCCUCAAAUACAACCAAGGAGUU